AGGGGAAGAAUAACAUUUUUCUAGACAGCAGUAACGAGAAUACCAAUUCUCGGAUGGGCCGGCAAAAAAUACCGACAUUAUUACGCAUUUACAAAAUGCGUAAUCACACAAUUGUUUUACGCAUUUACAAAAUGCAUAACCACACAAUUGUUUUCAGUGGUUACGCAUUAACAAAUCAUGUAUCAUGAUCUGAUAAUCAGUGGAUAUAAGGAGGAUACGCAUCUUGUAAAUGCGUAAUAUCAAUACGCAAUUGAAGGUCGGGUAACAUAUUAUGUUUGAUGGGUAAGUUUAAGGAUACGCAUUUUGUAUUUGGGUUUCAAUGUUACGCAUUACCAAUUCAUGUAUCAUGAUCUGAUAAAUGUAUUACGGACACGCAAGAGAGGAUGGGGUAUUGUGAAACAAUUUAACCUUUUUUAGAUUUAAGGAUACGCUGUUUGCGUUUGGGUAACUCUGGAUACGCAAUAGUGGAUGGGGUAUUGUUUAAUACUUUAAUUUACCAGAUUAAGGGAUACGCCGUUCGAAGUUGGGUAACUGUGGAUACGCAUAGGCGGGUUGGGUAUCCAGCUUUAAUACAUACACUACUCGUUUCAGAUUUGUACAAACAAUCUAGAGCUCUAUCGCCUCUUUUUAUUAAUUGGGUUCACAUCUUUCACUUUCUCAGUUGGGUUCACUCAGACUCAUCUCUUGCUCCUGCUCUAUACCAGGUAUAUUACCUUAUUUCUUAGUUACUGUAUGAUGACGUCGAAAUCAGAUUUUAUUUAUGGAUGGAUAUAUUGUGAUGGUAGCAUUGUUAGUGAUGACGCAGAAGGUGUUAAAUAUGAUAGAAAAAUGAGUAGACUAGUAAAAUUAGAGUUCAAUUUGAAAUAUAAAGAGUUGUUGGAUCUUUUGUAUACAAAACUCUGGACAGAUCCGAGUGUGUAUAAAUUGAAGAUACUUCAGAGAUUUUUAAACCCCACAACUAACAAAUUUGAAGUUGCUCCAAUGUACGACGACGAUGAUGUUGAAUUUAUGUUUGAAGCUGUGGAUAGUUCAUUUCGUAAAGAGUAUGUUGAGCUUUAUGUAGAGAAGGUAAUGAUUGGUUUGGAACAAAGUUCAAAUGCUGUUCAGAUUUCCAAAAGUGUUGAAAGCAUUCAAAGUUCUAAAAAAUUACAGAAUAGUGGCAGUGUUUGUGCGAGUGCAGAUUUUUCAAGUGGGAGCUCAAGUAGGUCUUUUUAUAUGAGUCGGGUGGAUAGUGAUGGAAAUUCAAUUGGAAGCAGCGAAUAUAGAGAUGAGGAUAUUCCAUACUACAGGUCCUUCGACGGAUCAUCAAUGGUGGCUUCUUUUAACGAGCCUAUUAUGCAGAAAUCUAGAGAUAUUCUUGUUCCUGCCGAGCUAGAAAGAGGAAUGGUUUUUGAAUCAAAAGAAGAGAUGAUGCGUGUAAUAAAGGAUGUACAUAUUAGAAACCAUCAGGAGAUCAAAGUGCUAAGGUCUGAUUUAGAGAGUUGGGAAGUGGCAUGCAAGAGAAAAAUGGAAGGUUGUGCAUGGAUGUUGAGGGCUAGAAAGAGGAAAAGGCACCACUUUUUUGAGAUUAUGGAGGCUAGAGGUCCGCACACAUGUCUCAAUCCGAACAUGUCCCAAGAUCAUUGCAAUUUGAACUCUUCUAAUAUUGCACAAGUAAUUAGUAGCCAAAUUGCAGCGGAUCCUAAUGUAUCAGAGAAAGCACUUUUGGCUACUAGUGUUAGUCAUUUUGGUUAUAAACCUUCAAGAGGAAAGAUCAGAUCAGCAAGGGAGAAAGCAGAAAAACAAUUGUUCAAGUCUUCUGAAGAGUCAUAUCAGUACCUUCCUAUCUUUAUGAAUGCGAUACAAUCAUUCAAUCAUGGCACAUAUGUGGAUUGGCAUUUCAAAGAGCAUGACCUAGGAGAGCCUAUUGCUGAGGUGGUGAGAUUCAAACGAGUGUUUUGGGCAUUUAAACCUUGCAUUGAUGCAUUUCAGCAUUGCAUACCAGUGAUCUUGAUAGAUGGUACCCAUUUAUAUGACAAGUAUGGAGGAGUAUUAAUUACUGCCACAACAGUUGAUGGUUUCAACCACCUUAUUCCUAUAGCAUUUGCAAUUGUUGAGGGCGAGAAUUCAGCAAGUUGGAGUUGGUUUAUGUAUAGGUUGAAGAAGAAGGUUGUUCAACGUCGUAGAGAUGUUUGUGUGAUUUCUGAUAGAUAUGCUGGGAUAAUAUCUACUAUGAACAGUCCUGACCUCGAGUGGCGGGAACCAUAUGCCCAUCAUCGUUUUUGUGCUAGACACUUGGCUGCAAAUUUUGGUAGAGAGUUUAGGAAGGGAAAACUAAAGGAGAAGGUUGUUGCAUUGUGUAGCCAGCUGACAUCUGCCAAAUUUAAUUUGCAUUGGAAUGCAUUGUUAGCUGUCGAGCCUGGAGUCCAAAACUGGUUUGCUGAUAAACCAUUAAAACAUUGGGCUUUGGCUUUUGAUGAGGGAAAAAGGUUUGGUAUCAUGACAACCAAUUUUGCUGAGAGUUGGAAUAAUGCUAUCAAGGUCGCAAGAAAACUUCCCAUCACUGCAUUGGUUAAAUCUAUAUUUUAUAAGGUGGUUGAAUAUUUUGACCAACGUAGACUGGAAAUAGAGAAACAAUCUAGUGAUGGUAAUGAGUUCACCAAGCAUGCUACAAAAAUCCUUAAUAGAUGGAAGGCACGUGCAAGUGGCCACCAUGUCAAGGUAUUUGAUCGCGCCACUUGGGUGUUUGAGGUGACAACAAUGAAGCGUGGUCAAAAGGGAGGAAACCGUCAGAUUGUUCGCCUAAUGGAACGCAUCUGUACUUGUAACAAAUGGCAAACAUAUCACAUUCCGUGCUCUCAUGUGCUAGCUUGUUGUGCCAAUCAAAAUCUUCAGCACACAAGUUUAGUUAGUGAAUGGUAUAGACUAGAUAAUGCUAGAAAGGUAUAUGCAACUCCUUUUGAGCCAUUACCACAUGAGGAUGCAUGGCCUUUAUUCGACAGAUUUCCUAAAGUGGUCCAUGAUGAUGAAAAUAUCACAAAGAAACCGGGCCGGAAAAAAUCUACUAGAUACAAGAAUGAAAUGGAUUAUCAAGCAUCAAGAAGCAAAGGAUCUUCUUCAACUGGAGCUUCUUCAAGUAUUCCAUAGAGGAUUUUCAUUAGUAUGUCCUCUUUAUUUAGUACCACAUCUUAGCUUAAUAGAAAUAGCGAUUAUAACGAUCAUCAACACCAAGUACCACAUCUUGUACUAUGAAGAAACUGUUAUAGCAAUUGAAAUGUAUUGUCUUACAUUCAAAAACUGAUACGAUACGCCAAAAAAUUGGGAGUUUAAUAGAUACCA